AACCGCGGGCGGAUUAGAAAAGAAAAACAAGAGGUGGUUAUUUAAGAAAAGUAUCAAGGGCAUAUCGGGAAAUAUAAAAAGUGGCGCAUACGACAAAAAUAGCACGAAGUAGAAGAAGAAGAACAACAACAAGAACCAGAAGAAGAAGAAGAAGAAGAGAUUCAAAUGGUGCAGAUCUUGUUCAUCCAAUCCAUUCAAAACCACUCUCUCACCUUCACCAUUCUCCCUUCUUCAUUGCUCGCUCUAAACUGAACAAAACCGUUCGGUUUUCGUUUUCUUCUUCCCAAUUUCAGAUUCACCGUUUCUUCUCUGAAUUCCGCUAUAACCAGGUCUGAACGUUGCAACUUUCUGUGUUCGUUGGGUUCUUCAACCGGAAUCACAAACAGAAUGAGCCUCACGGUGUUUCUUCCUUGUCGGGUACUGUGAAACUCGUUUCUUUCUUGAUUCAACCGAUUUGGGGGUGUGUGUGUAACUGUCUGAAACUGUAAGCAAAACCGUUUUUCCUUCUUUUUCCCCAACUGGGUAUUCGUGAUGGUGUUCAAGUUUUGAAAUUUCGGUGGUGAAUUUGGAACGAAAAAUAAUGGAGUCUUGGUCGUCGGUGGAUGGGGUGGUGGAGGAGAUAAUGAGGAUUCAUAGAUCUUUGCCGGCGAGGCCUGCGAUUGAUGAGGUUGAAGCGGCGAAUGGUUUGAUUGUGAAUGUUGAGAAGGAGGAUCAGGUGAGGCUUGAAUCCAUUGCGAGACAGAGCAAGGGUCCUGAUGUGCCUGAUGAGCUUUUCAUGAUCUUGCAAGAGAUGCAGAAGAACAUGUUGUAUUUCCAGAGUAAGGAGCAGAGGAGGGAGGCUAUGAAACUUCUUGAUCUUGAGAAUGUCCAUUCACUGUUUGAUGAAUUGAUUCAGAGAGCUUCCAUGUGUGUUGCCAAUCCCUCCACAAGUACUUCUAGCAAAAAAAGUUACUACAAUGGCUCUGCUUCCACGGUUUCGCCUAGCUUGUCGAAGAAUUCGGCUUCUGCUUCUACUUCUGCUUCUAGGGGUGGUUUUGAUAGGCCUCCACCUCCUGCAUCUGUUGCUUCUUCCAGCUUGAUGCAAGCGGAGAGGAAACCUUCCAAGAGUUCAGAGUUGGUUACUAGAGAUGAUAGUUAUGUGAGUAAGUCCAAGUCCACAUUCUACUCCAACGGGUAUGGAAUUGAACCCAGCAUCCCCACCAAAGCUCAGAUAUUGGAUUCAUCAUUCAAACCCACAACUACCUCAGGUAAAGAUGGUGAUAAGUUAAGUUUGAUUAAACUUGCUAGCUUAAUUGAAGUUUCUGCGAAGAAAGGCACUCGUGAUCUGAAACUACAGAACAAGCUAUUGGAUCAAGUUGAUUGGCUACCUGAUUCAUUAGGAAAGUUAUCAAGCUUGGUCACCCUUGAUUUAUCAGAGAAUCGGAUUGUGGCCUUACCUUCCACAAUUGGAGGCCUUUCAUCAUUGACCAGAUUGGAUUUGCAUACCAAUAGGAUCCAGGAGCUCCCUGAUUCUAUUGGAAAUCUUCUCAAUCUAGUCUAUCUAGAUCUGCGGGGAAACCAGUUACCAUCUCUGCCUGCAUCUUUUGGCAGAUUGAUACGUCUUGAGGAGGUUGAUUUGAGUGCAAAUCAGCUUGCUGUGCUUCCUGACACUAUAGGCUCACUUGUUAGCCUACAAAUAUUGAAUGUGGAAACAAAUGAUAUAGAAGAGAUUCCACAUUCUAUUGGUAAUUGUUCUUCCCUUAGAGAGCUUCAUGCUGACUAUAACCGACUUAAGGCCUUACCAGAAGCUGUAGGGAAGAUUCAGAGCCUGGAGGUUUUGUCCGUGCGGUACAAUAACAUCAAACAACUACCCACAACAAUGUCAUCUCUAACAAGCCUGAAGGAACUUGAUGUAAGUUUCAAUGAGCUCGAGUCAGUGCCUGAGAGCUUGUGUUUUGCUACCUCCCUUGUCAGGAUGAACAUAGGGAACAAUUUUGCUGACAUGCGAAACUUACCACGAUCCAUUGGGAACCUAGAAAUGCUUGAGGAAUUGGAUAUCAGCAAUAACCAGAUACGUGUCCUUCCUGAAUCAUUUAAGUUGCUCACAAAUCUUCGUGUCCUGCGAGUGGAAGAGAAUCCUCUUGAAGUUCCACCAAGAGAUAUAGCUGAGAAGGGAGCACAGGCUGUUGUUCAGUACAUGGUUGAGCUUGGGGAGAAGAAGGAUGUUAAACCACAAAAGCCACUAAAGCAGAAAAAGAGUUGGGCUCAGAUAUGCUUCUUUUCAAAGUCUAACAAAAGAAAGCGCGGCGUUGACUAUGUGAAAACCUGAUUUUAUUUAACUACACACCAAUGUUGACAAGCAACAUAUUCCAUGAGGAUAUCCAUUUAAAUAGAGACGAUGUAUCUCUCAUUCUGGGGUCAAUAACAUGCGUGCCAGAAUGAAUUAGCAGCCUUUGUUGGAUGUUAUAAUUUGCUUUGACUUGGCGGCACAAAUUGUAGAUUUCUUGUUCUAUAUAUUCUGAUUUUUUCCCUGUACAAUUUCAAUUUUCGAUUUAAUUUCCUUUGUAUUUCAGUUGUCUUGAGGGUAGAAAGAAGUGUACACAAUCCAACAGGCCAAAUAGUUAUGGAGGGUGGGGGAGAAACCCAAGAUGAUUAUGUACCUUGUUUAUGUAUAAUUUAUGUACAACUGCACCUUCAAUCCAUUGUUAAUUAUUGAAUGAAUUACACUUACUGUC